AUGCAGAUUAAUUGCGGAGUGAAUGAAGCCGGCACGACGUUUUUGCUUCCGGAUGGAUGGCCCGCUAUCCAGUUUUUCGUUGACUCGAAUAAGGCACCUUCGCGACCGGAAACUCUUGCUGAUAUCGAAGCACAAUUUUCGGACUACAAACGGGAUCCUGAAUCGCCCUACGUUAUUGAUGAAACUGGCGAGCGAACUUUGCUACCGGCUCUUCUUUGCUCCUCGAGGACAAAAAGCUCUACGAGCCUUGUGGAAAUAAGAAACUGCCAAAAUCACAAUAUUCGACACAUCAUGAAGGUCAUUGUCGUCGACGCUCAUCAUGACUUUGUAUUACUUUUCUCAUUGAACGGAAGCAUGAUUUUUGAGGAUUAUCCGCAUGCAUCUAAGUCA